GCUCAGCUUCCAACCCCCGGAGCCGCGGCUUCGUCCUGCUACCUCCCCCAGGCCAGGCCGGGGACACCAUGUGAGCACAGGCCGCGACCACAACCAAUUACACCGCUCUCCGGCGGCUUCAGGUGAGCACAGACAUGGAGACAAACAAUCACUUUGGAAGCACUGGCCAGCCUCCAUUAUCCAGCGCCUCAGGACUGAAACAGCUGCCUCAAUUGGUGGAACCAGUUUACACACAUAAUUCUCUUGUAAUAUUUCCUCAGCAAGCAAAAGGUCUGAAUUGCGACAUGCCAGUAAAUGGUCUGAUCUCUCCCUCCAUACCAACUAAUCCUCAUGGGACGUAUGCAUCAGAUGCCAGUACUACCAGUCACCCUGCAUCCAAUAACUUUGACUACCUCUGGAAAUACCCCAAGUCUACUAUUAUGAUUGACAGUCUUGGGCCAAGUCUACAUCAAGUUAAUGGUUCAGCAUCUCCAUUGACUAACGGCCCAUUUUGUAAAGGAAGCUCGCAGGACGCAUGGGAAAACUCUGCCUCCAGCCACCCAGCGUCUCUCACGAUCAGUGGUCAAGACUUGUGCAACUUUAGUAAUUCUAAUGUAAAAGUGGCAGCUGCAGUAAAUGAGACACAUUGCUUUUCUGAGACAUAUUGUCCAGCUCCGGCAUCACCAGUGUCUAGUGUACGGUGCGUGUCUGUUACCUCUCAAUCCCAGGAAGCACAGCAGGGAAAAGUGUCAGAUGCUGCAAAAAUAUUGGAGAAUGAUGAAAUACUUACAGAAGCUGGGGAGUCCUCUGAUAUACAAACAGGUCAUAGAAUUUCUGAGCACAAUGGACCAGACCUGGCAAUUGAACAACGAAGUCCUUCUGCAUCCAGCCAAUCUCCUCCUACUUCUCCUGAUGUCAUCUGUCAGAAUGUACUAUCUCCACUUCCAAGCCAUCUUGAAGAUUGCCAUGUUCUAAACUCUGAUACUGCCAUGGAUACCUCUGACAAUGAAGACUCUGGUGACUCUGUCAGCAGAACAUUGGAUAAUCCAGAGGAAAGUGAAGUUGUAAUGCAGCAGAAAGAGGAGAAUCCACCGGUUGAAUCUCCAGAUUUGGACUGUCUAUCACAGUCAGAUGCUGCCUUCUGUCCAGUGGUUGAAGAAGUCGAGAACUCUUGUUUAUCCCGUUCAGUGUCUGCAUCUCCUGAGCUGGGAGACUCUGAAGUACAAGAUAAUAGGUCUGAUAUGGAUAAAAGUCCAGAAGGAAUUAAAGCAGAGGAGCCCAGUACUGCAUUAGAAACCAACUCGCUGAAUGAAAUUUACAUAGAUAACACAACCCCCGAACCAAGUACUGUCCCUGAUGCUGAAGAAGAAGAUCUGGAGCCUGGGGAAGUAAAGGGUGCCACAGUACGAAGAAGGGUAGCUACUCCAGAAGACGUGCGUCAUCCUCUCCUCCAUGGUUGGAAGCGUGAAGUUAGGAUAAAGAAAGGCAGUCACAGAUGGCAAGGAGAGACCUGGUACUAUGCUCCCUGUGGGAAAAGAAUGAAACAGUUCCCUGAGGUCAUAAAGUAUCUCUCUAAAUACGCCGGUCCUCAUGUAAGAAGAGAGCACUUUAGUUUUAGUCCUAGAAUGCCAGUGGGAGACUUCUAUGAAGAGCGUCACACUCCAGAGGGCUCAAAGUGGGUCUUGUUGAGCUCAGAGGAAAUUCCCUCCCGCAUUUUGGCUAUCACUGGGAAGAGGGGACGUCCACGUAAUAUGGAAAAGGCUAAAGCAAAGGAGAAUAAGGUGAAGCGAGGAAGAGGUCGUCCUCCAAAAGUGAAGAUGAUUGAUCUGCUCAGCAAACCUGAUGCUAAACUCUUGAGGAAGCUGGAAAAUCAAGAUAUUCUAAGUGAUGUUGAAAAAGUGCAGCUGAGUAAGUUAAGGAAGAAAAUGAGAAGGAAGGCCAGAAAUCAAGAAGCUAAACAGGAGGCUGCAAAGAAAUUAAAAUUAAGAGAAAAGAAAGAGAGGGAAAAAGAAGAAAAAGAGCAAAAGAUAAAGGAGGCUGAGCAGAUGGAGGCAAAAAAGAAAGCAAGAAGAAAACUGAAGCAAAAAGUAACAACCCCCCCUGUUCCAAAGCCAGACAGGAAGCAGCUUGCACAACAACGGCGCCUUGAAGAACGCAAGCGCCAGCAGUUUAUGUUGGAGGAGUUGAAGAAGCCUACUGAAGAUAUGUGUUUGCCUGAUCAUCAGCCAUUACCAGACAUUCCACAUGUUCCAGGAGUAGUGUUGCCCAGUAGUGCCUUCUCUCAUUGCUUAACAACUGUGGAGUUUCUACAGACCUAUGGGAAAGUGUUUGGGUUGGAUGAAACCAAGGAUAUACCCAGUCUCCUCACUCUACAAGAGGGGCUCUUCAAUAUAGGUGACAGUCUAGGGGAGGUACAAGACUUGCUGGUGAAACUCCUAAGGGUUGCGUUGUUUGACCCUGGGCUUCCAUCUUACUGCCAGUCUCUGAAAAUCCUAGGAGAAAAAGUUUCUGAAACUAGUUUAACCAGGGAAAAUGUGUCUGAAAUCCUCCGUAUCUUCCUAGAGGCAUAUGGUGGUGACAUAGAUCUCUGUGAAAGCCUCCGCACUCAUCCAUUUCAAGCACAUCCACCCCACACCAAAGCUGCUGUGCUCGCAUUUCUUAUUAAUGAACUCAAUGCCAGCACUCUCAUUAUCAGUGAAAUUGAUAAAACCCUGGAGAACAUGUCUAAUUACAGAAAGAACAAGUGGAUAAUCGAGGGCAAAAUUCGCAGGUUAAAGUUCGCAUUAGGAAAAAAAACUGGACGAGAGGAACUUCAAGUCAACAUUGCAGAGGAUUGUCGGACUAGACGCAACACACGGAAUAAUGAGGAAAACGAAGAUGCUGUGGGUAAUGAAUCUGCUUUACUGAAACCAACGGAGGAUGAAAAGGAAGAAGUUUCAUCUAAUGUGAAUACUUUGGAAUUAGAAAGACAGAUAGAAAAACUUACUAAGCGUCAGAUGUUUCUGAGAAAGAAAAUUAUUAGCUGUUCACAAAGGCUUCGGUGUAUGUCUCUGGGUCAGGAUCGAUUCCGCAGAUUCUAUUGGAUGCUCCCGCGCAUAGGUGGCAUCUUUGUAGAGGGACUGACAGACAGUACUGUUAUGACUUCAUAUACUCCGCAAACUGAACUUCCCGAAUCUUUGGGGAUGAAGAAUGAAGAGAAAGAAGGGACAGAAGACAAAUUUUUUUGUUCAUUUAAUCGUUCGCGAGGUCGACCGCGGAAGUCGGAGCAUUGCAAAUACUGUCAGUGUCUUGGACCACAACAAGCGCCACUAAAUGGACUUUUGCAGGCAAAUCUUUCUGAAGGCCAACAGGACAUAAGCCAGACAACAGUGCUGUCAUGGCUGACUCAGUGUCAAACUCCUAUUGUGAACAGUGCGGUGUUGACACCAGAGAAUAGUCCUCCUCACACUGAGGGAACGUCUACAUUUGAUAUUGGUCCCUGUCCUGGGGCUACGGACACAGAUGAAAAGGAUAACCGGUUGUUCAACUCACUACUUAGGACUCAUUGCACUGAAAAUUUCCCAAACCUCAAUUCACAGUCAAACACCCUGCUUUCCCCAUCUUCUCUCGCUGCAACUACAGAGCCUGUACAGGGCCGUGGAUUGGCAGACGAACAGCAUCAAUCUGUGGGUUCUCAGCUGCCACCUGUGUCUUCAGUUUGCCAAGUAUGUAACAAGCCUGUAAGCAAUGCCACCACAGCAAUGGAGAAACGAAGAGGGCGGCCAUCCGGUAAACUGAUAACACAAAUAGAGCAAAGAUACUUCAGUCAACUGGUAGAAAGGCCCAUACCAGAAAACAUGAAAUAUGGCUGGUGGUGGAUAAAGGACCCAGCUGUGCUGGAGUCAUUGCUAAAAGCUCUGCAUCCGCGAGGUAUCCGUGAAAAAUCCUUGCACAAACAUCUCACAAAGCAUCUUGUGCACCUCAAGGAGAUGUGUGCACGGUCAGCCACUGAUGGACUCUUUCAGUUCAAACCAUCUGAAGGUCACCCUGUGAGUCAGGAAACACUGGACAAAUGGUCGGUUGAGCAGUGGACAUUCCAGGUGGAUCUCUCUGUUCUGCAGUGGGUGGAAGAUUUAGAACAGAGGGUCAUGAUGUCUGACCUGCAACUGCGGGGCUGGUCUCCUCCUAGCUUAGAUUCUGUUCGGAGCGACCUUAAAUACUUUGAACACAAAGUGGAAGCGUCUGAUGAUAUUCUUGCAAAAGUGAAAAGAGAAGAGGGACGAGCACAUAGAGAGCCAGAUAAUCCACUAGACAUAGCUGUGUUGCGGCUUUUGGACAUGGAACAGAAUGUGGAAAGAAGAUAUUUAAAGGAACCACUGUGGAUAUUGAGUGAGGUGCAGCAGGAGAAGAUUGUGAUCACUGACGCAGAGACAUUGUCUACCACUGAAAUUCAGUACAGCAUCACAUCACGUCUGCGUUUGUGGCGCCAAACAGUGGAGCGAUGCCGGAGUUCAGCUCAGUUGGCUCUCUGUCUGCAGCAGCUCGAGAAGUCCUUAGCUUGGGAGCGUUCGGUGAAUAAAGUUACCUGCAUUUAUUGUCGAAAAGGUGACAAUGAUGAAUGCUUGCUGCUUUGUGAUAGCUGUGAUCGGGGUUGCCACACUUACUGCCAUCGACCACCAAUGUUGGAGAUUCCAGAAGGGGACUGGUUUUGCCCCACUUGUAUCUCUUUGCAAGGAGAAAGUGAGUAUCUACGACCUGGUGGCUCUUCAAAAAGAGCCAAAAAAAGUGUGCAGCGAUAUCAAGAUAAUAGUCCCUUAAAGCAGUCACGUCGAAAAGAGCCAGCUGCAGCCUCUACACAGUCUCCAGUAGAAGCAUCACUAGCAAAACGAAGGCGAAUUGGAACUAGGAGCCAGUGUCCAGAUUUAACAUUCUGCGAAAUCAUCUUGAUGGAGAUGGAGUCACAUGAUGAUGCGUGGCCCUUCCUAGAACCCGUGAACCCACGCCUUGUUCCUGGAUACAGGAAAAUCAUCAAAAACCCUAUGGAUUUUUCCACUAUGCGGAACAAGUUGUUGAAUGGAAGAUAUUCCAGCUGUAAAGAGUUUGCAGACGAUGCCGAGCUGGUGUUCAGCAAUUGCCAGCUGUUUAAUGAGGACGACUCCGAAGUAGGGAAGGCUGGACUGGCUCUGAAAAAGUUCUACGAAAGCCGAUGGGAGGAAUUUAACCAAGAACGAGAAAACAAUUCACUUUGAGACUUGGGGCGCAGGAAUUUUUUCGAUUUUUAACAUUUGUAUGUGCAUCUCCGCAACACUGAAAAACGGGUUCAUCUCUCUUGUUGGCCAUUCAUCUUUCAAGGUGUGCACCCACUUGGAAGAGACCUAAUGGCAACUUAGGGUUUCAUUUCUCUUUAUCUAGGACCCCUGCAGCCUGUCUUCUAACCCACCACCCAGUGUGUCUGACUUCCGUACAUGUCCUCAGUGUCUCUGAGGUAGAACUCUUUUAUAUUGUCACCAGGUCAGUAGCUGUGCUACAAGAUUCUUCUGUGUCCAGCUCAUUCUAGCUGAAUCCGUAUUCACUUCUCUCAGUGUUAAGUAUGCUGGUGUAGACAUUCCUACGUGAGCGCCCAUGUCUACAUGAGCCAAUAUGUUUCAUAUCUACUGAACUUAAAUAACCCGACUAAAAUAUGCACGUUUACAUGUAUUCCAUUCCUACAUAUACAUUAGCAUAAUGUACAAAAUGCAUAUUUAUAUUGUACAUGUAUACAUAAAAUCAGUACAUUCACACAAAAUGGGCACAAAAUUACCCAAAUGAUGAUGUACAUCUUAGUUGUGUACUAGAGUUGUUCAUAAGUUGCCACGUGUCUGUGUUUUACACUUUCGGCAUCGGCUCACUUCUGUUCCUGUGGCCAGGUUUCUAACCCUUACAUAUAACCCUUAAUCAGGAUCUACUCAAUAGCAAUAGACUUUGUGCAUUAGGAUGAGGUAUCUUUAUAGUAUGUGGUGUUGUAUGGCCAGUUUUCAGUACACUAACUCUGACAGAACAAUACAUUUCCAUGCCCUGUGCUGAACCUGGAUUUAUCCACCUCCCACUAUGUUUUGUUCAAUGUGCUGCUUCAUUUUGGUUUAUCACUGUUUGUUAUACAAGCCAUUUAUUUUUGUCCCCAUAAUUUUUUGGCACUACCUCCUCCCAUGCCAGUGGCUUCUUUUUCUGUAAUUUGCCCCCAUUGUUUAGACUGAGAGGUACCAGCUAUUGCCUAGUAGAAGUACCUUUUGAUCUUUAUAGGCCUUAAGCACUACAGGGUUCCCAGAGGACACUUGCUACAACUUUUUUAUUUUUGUAUUUUCUUCAUUUGACGUUAUAAUAAGUUGUAUAAAGUUGGACGUGUCCUUUUCUUUUUUUUAUUUACGUUGUGUAUUUAUUUAUCAUGGUGUCUGCUAAAUAGUCAUUUCCUUUUUUGGUAUUUAAGAUCUUGUUUAAACAUUUUUUAUUUUUUAAACCUUUUCUGAGAACUAUUUUACAAGUAUAUGCUAUAACAGUCUGUGUUUUAUACCUCCACCGUGUUGGUGACCUUCGGCAUUUAUUUAUUAGGCUGCAGAUCAUUCAUUUGGCUUCCCAGUAGCAUCAAGUGGUUCAUCUUUUGGCCGAAAUGUUUUGGGAACUGGUCGGCAUCUGUUAGUAUUCCAUUGUGUUCCAGAGGUGUCUCCCCCUGUAGGCAGUACUAGACUAGGGCUGGGCGGUAUGACCAAAUGUGUUUAUCACGGUAUUUUUGUAACUUUUAGAGAUUCCACUGUAUAUAACGGAAUUUCCUCCCCCCCCCAAAUUAUCAGCCCAGUGCUGCCCCCAUCGGGGUAAAUACUCACAUGUCUACCGCAAGCGCUGCCCUCCUUGUCCUGUUUGUUGCGGCCGCCGGCGCUGACACUCUAUACUGUACGCUGUAUCCCUAUGCCCGGGCUGCAAAAGGUAAACAAAAUAAGCUAACGCAUGUUCUGCCUCGGCCGGUGAUAGGCUGAGCGCACUGUCAUGUAAGGAGCUCUGGUCGGCUUCUUACAUGACAUUGGGCUCAGCCUAUCACCGACCGAGGUGGAACAUCGCUGCGGCCGGUGAUAGGCUGACGGCUGUCCGACGUUCCCGUCCCCACGAAGCAGAUGAGCCCGGUACCAGACCAACGGGAGGUGAGUUAAAGUUUAUUUUGUUUAUUUUUUGCAGCCCGGGCAUAGGGAUACCGCACAGUAUAGAGCAGUGGUCUUCAACCUGCGGACCUCCAGAAGUUGCUAAACUACAACCGGGCAUGCUGAGAGUUGUAGUUUUGCAACAUCUGGAGGUCUGCAGGUUGAAGACAACUGGUAUAGAGUUUCAGCGCCGGCGGCCGCAACAAACAGGAGGAAGAGGAGGGCAGCGCUUGCAAAUGACAUGUGAGUAUUUACCCCGAUGGGGACAGCGCUGGGCUGAUAAUUAAUUGGGCGGGCAGAACAGUGCUCGCGGGUCACAUAUGAUUAGUUCCCCGAUAUGGGGAUAGCGCAGCGCUCGGCUGAUUCAUUCAUUCCAGAGGGGGAGGGGCCAAACCGGUAUUGCGGUAUGGGUUAAAAUUCAUAUUGUGCAGCACAAAAAUUUCUGUAUCCGGUAUGAACUGGUGAACCGCCCAGCCCUAUACUAGACUAUUGCUUCUUCUAUUCAUUGCUUUGGUUGGCCUGUCCAGAGGUUAGUAAGGAUCACUGAUCCGUAGACUAAUCCAGUUCCUUUAUAUACAUGCUACAGUGUCUAAAGGUAUAAAUAUGACACUUGGCAAAAAGGGACAAGUCCUCGGUGUGGACCAGAGAUCUGUGCUUUUUGGUACCAUGGCCUCUUAUCAUUUAUCCUUCCUUUUUCAUUCACAUAAAAGGUUUUUGUAGGGACAAAUAUUCUUCUUCCAUAAUAGAAACCGCAGUGCCAGCACAUUCCACCCCAUUCCUUUGUUCUGCCUACAAUCUGUAGGAUACAUACAUGUUUCCUCGUCUUCAGAAUAGUCUGGUAUAGCUGUUCUUGCACUUUAUAAAGGUGGUUUCUUCACCAAAAUGUCCUUAUCUAGCAGACACGAGUCUUAAUCCCUCUAGAUCUGGGGCUCACCCGGGGUCGUAAUCCUACAUCCUCUGAAUAAUGGGAGUCCCUCCAGUAAUAGGACUAUUAAUGGGAUCGUGCAGUUGGUGUACAGAGCAAUAUCUAACUGCAACUAAUGCGUUGCGCUGUGAAGCAAUAAACUAUAAUGUCGUAUGCACUGAACCCAAUGAAAUCAUCUUUUUAAAUCAUUGAACCUCUGGAAUUUUACACUGAAUUGUUUUUCUUCUGUCAGGGAAGGUUGUAGGGAUGAAUUUUGGUUUCCUCAUGUGUGAAAUGCAUUUCUGUGGUAGGACUGGGCUAGGACUUUCCUUUCAGACGUAUGCUGGCACUGCAUUUAAAUAUUUUUAUAUUCAGGAUGUUCAAGAGUUGUUUUUGCUUUUAUUUUAUUAAGUAGUAAAUGACAAACUUUAUAGUGAAUUUAUAAAAUGCAGACAUAUUUAUUUUUUUCUAAAUGACCACGGUAUCCUUAGUAAUGUUAGAGCAUUUGUUGGUAUAUUUUCAAAUCAGUUUUCUCUGGGAAUUGUUGCUACAGACAGUACUGCCCAGGUUUAACCCUAUAUUAGCUGUCAUUGCAUAAAAAGUUGUGUUGUAUAGCGUCGCACUGUGCUUUGUGACAAGGUUUUUAAUAUACCAUGGCCUUAAAGGGGUACUCCACCCCUAGACAUCUUAUCCCCUAUCCAAAGGAUA